UCGUAGGUUAAAUGUUUGUUGGUGGAGAGGGAAACAAGGCGGAUAAUUACAAAUACACAGUAAAGCGUCUGUAUAUUGCUUGGUAUCCGGUAUAGUGACGUUGUAUUUGUUGUUAUCUCGAGAACCUCAUAAACUACUGCCUGCUGGUUUACUGCGAAUAUUAAUUAAAUUAUUGUUUCAGCAAGAAUUUACACCGGGGCCCUAACAAGUCUAUGGAAAUUACUAAUUGACAGGAUUCACACAUUACGAAACAUUGUUGUUACAUGUUUGUGUUAAUGUGUAAUGUGAGGUGGACUUGUAUGAUGAGGUGGACCACACGACACACUAAAGGAGUCCAGAGUUCAUGAACUGGUGUGUCAGGCAGGUGUAGGAACUUAAAAUGUGGCGAUUCAUAUCCAGGAUUCGUGGUGUGUCCCUCAGAUGGCCCAGGAAGAUAGAUCCCGACAUCCCCAGAGGCACAGAACACCACGACCCCACAGCAAGAUGGCACCCCACUACCCUGCCUCACGAUGCAUCAGAAGACAUGGUUAGCAGGGGGGAUGGCAAGCCGAACAUCACUGUGUGUGUUGAAGGAAACAUUGGUAGUGGGAAAUCGACACUCCUUGAAUACUUUGCAAGGUUUUCAGAAGUUGAGCUCGUGUCAGAGUGCAUGGACGAUUGGCGAAGCGUAAAAGGCGAGAAUCUCCUUGACCUCAUGUAUAAAGACCCUGAGCGGUGGUCGUACCUCUUCCAGAGUUAUGUGCAGAUGACGAUGGCCAAGAGUCACGCUAAGCCGUCGGCAAUGCCAGUCAAGCUCAUGGAACGCUCCAUCUACAGUGCGCGCUUUUGUUUUGUGGAAAAUAUGUACUUGAGUGGAAAGAUGAGUGAGGCCGAGUACUUGGUGUACUGUGAGUGGUUCAAGAAAAUGACGGAAUAUUUUGACUGUGGUGUUGAUCUGGUCGUGUAUCUAAGAACUGACCCCGGGCUGGUCCACGAGAGGGCUAAGAAGCGUGCCAGGACCGAGGAACAGGCAAUACCACUGCAGUAUUUUGAAGAGCUGCACGAGCGUCACGAGGAGUGGAUUUGCGAAGAAAAAUUCCCUUUGCCUGCUCCUGUGUUUGUCAUAGAUGCCAAUGAUGACCUGCCAACCAUGUACACAAAAUACAAACUGCAUACCCGCCACAUUUUAAGGAACAAAUCAGUUCUUAGUUCCUUUGUUUAGUGUAAGUUAAUGUGUUCAGUCAGGUGACGUUUCUCAUGUUAAAAGUUUACCCAAUCCUUAAAUGUUGCUGUUGAGAAGAUAACUACUGUAGUUAUAUUAUCUGCAGAGCAUCACACUGGUUACCUGAUGAGUCUACCUAUCUACAACAGUUUUAUAGCUGUAUGCUGUAGUAGUUAGGUUACCAGAAGAUACAAAAUAUUUACUUGAUAGUGAUUUUAUUGGACUGGUAAUUCUAACUAUUUUCACCACGCUUUAAAGGUUCAUUUUGUUGAAGUCAGUAAGUUAAGGAAUCGUCCCACAGUCUGGAACUUUUAUAUAGCAACGUUAUGUGAUAUCAACGUGGGUCCCAGUUUGUAUGUGUGUAUUUGCUAUACAAGUCAGAUCAAGGUCACAUAGCCAAUACACUUUUUUUUACCUGACCUUACCUGAAGUUUACCCCCCCCCCUCAUUGUUCCACCAGAAGUCUUGGUACUACCUGGGGUGGAGAGUCUUCACGUUGUAUUUAUUAUUUCAUGGGGUCAAAAAACAAAUCAGAACGUUUAUAUAUGGCUGAAAUUCAAGCUCCAAUGACACCAUGUUUUGUACACAUGUGAUACUACUGUAUAAACAAACCAUCAUCUAAGUACUGUAUAUAUAUAUAUAUAUAUAUAUAUAUAUAUUGAUUUUAGUGGGAAAUAAAGUUUGCCAAUGUUCAGCAACAGUUCAACAGUAACCUACAUGUUGCAUUGAAAGUAAAUUAUAAUUGUUUUCAUAAAAGAACAGGUUGUUUAUAAACAUUGAAAAUAUUAACUCGGACUCAUGUGAUGCUUCCAUACAGUGAACCACGGUCAUUGUUUAAAAUGGUGGCUACAACUUAAUCAAUAAAUAAUUUACAAAAAGAUGACUUGAACCAAAGUACAGUAACCUAAAAUAAUGUAAUAAAAGAAAAUAAAUGAAACACUUGAAGUUUCCAUCCACCCCCCAGCCUACAGUAUAUUUCACCUGAAGAUUAACCACCCUAAUGCUACCUGUGGGGGUAUAGGUCAGGGUAGUUAAUCUUCAGGUGAAAACAAGCUGGGGGAGUGAUUGCCAAAUGUCAACAGCUGACUCAAUGCUGCCGUUUGGACAAAUAUUUAAAGUGGUCAUACCUAAGUUUGAGUUAAUUAUUUUCUAAUGUCUGUGACCUGUUUUUGCAGUAUGAACUAAUGGUUAAUAAUUUUACUAGAAAUGGCUAGUAAAACACUAACCACAAAGGCUGUAGGAGCACUAGGUAACUGUUAACUAGAUGGCCUUAUGUUAUAACCUUUGAUCUCUCGGUACAGUGCUGUAUGUUGAACAGAACUUGAGAACAUUAUACAUCUUGUGCUGUCCAGGUCACAGAUAAUAGUUGAGCAUAUAAUUGUUUUACAGUGUAGUUACUGGAGUUUAUUAAGGUCACUUAAUAAGAAAAUACUGUACAAAGAACACUUUGUGUUCUAUUGCUCUUUUACUAGAAAUGGAUUUUGUUUUGUAGAAAGUAGUCAAGAUAUUGUUCAUGGAGUGUUCAUUUCUGAAGGGUGUGCAAUUUGUUGCACUGGUACUACAGUAUACCGCACGGUACUGCACUGGAUAUAUCCACUUUACAGUUUUAUAAUAAAGACUUAUAUUCAA